GGAGCUAUCUCAAGGGGCCCUGUGGGGGCAAGAUGCCCAUCCAGAUAUUCUGCACCAUCUCCUUCACUCCAAACCAAGAGAAAAACACGGUCAAGGAGGCAGCUGAGAGUAAUGGUGACAAGUUCCUCUACAGCCGACAUGAAGUGGAAGACGUGGAGGGGGGCUUUGAAGAUGCAGCAGAACUGGAGGAAAAGGAAGAAGGUGCUCCAGAUUUGAUAACUUUUGCUAACAGUUGCACCUUGCAUGGGGCCAGUCACAUCUUUGUGGAGGGAGGCUUUGGGGUGCGCCAGGCACUCUGGACAGGCACCUUCCUGUUCUCGCUGUCCAUUUUCCUGUACCAGGUGGUCGGGCGAAUAUUCUACUAUCUGGAGUACCAUCACAUAACACAGCUGGAUGAACAGGAGAGUUCGCAGAUGACUUUCCCUGCUGUCACUUUCUGCAACUUCAACCGCAUUCGUGUUUCUCAGCUCACCUAUGGUGACCUGUUAUAUAUUUCCCCACUUGUGGGCUAUGAGGAUCUCUCUUUGGAAGCAGGAUUCCCUCUGGUCCCACCUGCCUUUGACACCCCUGAUGAACCUCUGAAUUUGUAUAACUUUUUUGACCGAAACAGCCAUCAGCUUGAGGACAUGGUGCUGACCUGCAAAUACCGUGGCGAGCCCUGCAGGCCUGACGACUUCUCCGUGGUGUUCACACGCUAUGGGAAGUGCUACACAUUUAAUUCAGGCCAGACUGGAAAGCCACCACUCCUCACUAUGAAGGGGGGAACUGGUAAUGGCUUGGAGAUCAUGCUGGACAUUCAGCAAGAUGAGUAUCUUCCUGUGUGGGGAGAGACAGAUGAGACAUCAUUUGAAGCUGGGAUUAAGGUGCAGAUCCACAGCCAGGAUGAGCCUCCCUUCAUUGACCAGCUGGGAUUUGGGGUGGCACCUGGCUUCCAAACAUUUGUGUCCUGCCAGGAGCAGCGGAUCAUCUACCUUCCCCCGCCCUGGGGAGACUGCAAGGCUGUGACCAUGGAGUCCGAAUUCUAUGACACCUACAGCAUCACAGCUUGCCGCAUAGACUGUGAGACCCGCUACUUGGUGGAGAACUGCAACUGCCGCAUGGUCCACAUGCCUGGUGAUGCUCCCUAUUGCACCCCUGAGCAAUACAAGGAAUGUGCAGACCCCGCCCUUGACUUCUUGGUGGAAAAGGACAAUGAGUACUGUGUAUGUGAGAUGCCUUGCAAUGUUACCCGCUACAACAAGGAGCUCUCCAUGGUCAAGAUCCCCAGCAAGGCAUCAGCCAAGUACCUGGCCAAGAAAUACAACAAGAGUGAGCAGUACAUUGCGGAGAACAUCUUGGUACUGGACAUUUUCUUUGAAGCUCUGAACUAUGAGACCAUUGAGCAGAAGAAAGCGUAUGAAGUGGCUGGACUUCUGGGUGACAUUGGGGGACAGAUGGGUCUGUUCAUCGGAGCCAGUAUAUUAACUGUUCUUGAGCUCUUUGACUACGCCUAUGAGGUUAUUAAAUUCCGCCUCUGCCGCCGUGGCAAGUGCCAGAAGAAACACAAAGGCAACAACAGUGACAAGGGUGUGGCCCUGAGCCUGGAUGACGUGAAACGCCACAAUCCAUGUGAGAAUAUCCGAGGGCAUCCAGCUGGCAUGACGUAUGCAGCCAACAUCCUACCUCACCACCCAGCCAGGGGCACCUUCGAGGACUUUACCUGCUAACUGACACCUGGAUGUACAACCAACGCUACCAAAGGGAAGGGUCCGUGCUGAGCAGCCCUGGCCCAGCCCAGCCCAUGAACCUGCCAACCGACAUGUCAGGGCCUCUAUCUCAGACUCCUGGGGAAGCUGCAAAAUCCAGGCCCCCCUCAUCCACCUUCCCCAGGCCAAGGCAGCGAUACGCACACAGAGCCAGGUGGACAGAAGUGUGGGGAGGGUCUGUGCUGCCAGGUCCACUCCAGGAACUGUUCUUGCCCCAAUAAUGGCCUUGGACUUGAACUCAGCAGAAGAGCUGCCAGAAGAACCUUCUGCUGUGUCAAGUGGAGGAGAGGGCACAGCCUUCUCUCCUUCAUACAACCCCCCCACACACAUCUUGACUGUCUGUCUGUCCCUCUAUCUGUCAUCAUCCCGCUUCGUGCCCACAGCAAGCCUUGCUGGGGGGCAGUCGUCUCAAGUGGAGCCUUCUCCUUUUGAAUCUUGAUGCCAAGAAGAACCUACAAGAGUGCCAGUCGGGCUGUUCCUCUGUGGUGUGCCAUUUGUAGGGACUGCUUUGCCUAGCCAAAGGAGGUGCGUGACAUGUUGCUCCCUUUCCUUUCCCCGCCUCCCUUGCUAUGUAUCAUCAUGGGGCACAGCCACACCUUUUCCCUUAUGGCAAGACUGUGACCUAACCUGUGAAGAGGCCCCCUCAGUUAGAACAUGUUGUCAUCUGCUUGUCUCAUCCAACUAGCAACUUCCCAUCUGGCCCAGCUUAGAUUCCUUUCUAGGUCUAAAAUGAGUCCCCACCACAUGAGACAGGUGAAGGAACUGUGGAGAUGUCCCAAAGUUGAAAACAUCAGCUUUGUGAACUGCCCGCCCCCAUUCUCCCCCCCCCCUCCAUCCUACCCAUGCAUGUUCUUAGGGAUAGUGUGAAAAUUCUGAAGGUUCGGCAAGAAUCCCUCAGAAUUCUUAGUAGGCUACAAAACUAGAUGGUUUCCAGUAUAUUUCUUCACAAGGGUUCCUUGCCUGCCGAAAGGAAAAGAAAGCAGGUGGCAUGUAAACCAUGCAUCACUUCCCACAACCCUUAGCCCAGUCCUGCAGCUAGGAACAGGAUGGUGUCAUUCUUUGGCUACACAGAAUUGUAGAGGUGACAUAGAUCAGUUCCUGCCUCUUGGACUCAGCACCAGGACUUGAAAGAAUAACAGAGAUCUCUAAGAAAUUUAGAUCAGUAACUCUGCUCAAAUACAUUGCAGGAAAUGCAUUGCCCCUAAAUACCUAUGGGCGAGCGUAGCUCAUCCUGCCUUACGGCUAGCAGUUUGCUGGUGAUA